UUUGGAAUCACUAAUCCGGUUGUACACUAAUCACCAUGGUUGAGACCCGUAGUGGGAAAGAUACUCACCCCUACACCCCUGAGCAGCAAGCGAAGAUGGCCGCCUUAGUGAAAGAAAACAAGGAGCUUGAGAAGCAGGCGAAGCUAAAAGCUAUCGCAGAGGAACAGGCGGCAAAGAUGAAGAGAUCGGGGGAGGAGAUAAAGAGGGUUCAACAGGAGGAGGAAGAAAGAAGAAAGACUGUUGAAGCAGAAGUAGCAGCAGAAGAAGAAAAAGGAAUGAGAAUUGAGAGUGGAGAAGGGAGUAGUGGCACGAUGAAGAGGGAUACAGACGCUGAGAUGGAGACGAAGAUAAUAAAGGUGGCGAAGGUGCGGGAGUGUAGGAAAGAAGUGUUGGCCCAACCAGAUGACAAGGCCAAAUGGGAUAAGGUAUUGGGUUACCUGGAAGUGUUGAGCACAGCAUGGAUGGAGGAGCGUGCUAGUUGGAGCCAAGAGGUAGCCCUGAGUGCCAUGCGGUCGGGGUUUAGAGACUUUGCGUGCGAUAUCGUCACCCACAUUGGGAGCAAAGUCAGGCAACUGAGGGAUAACGUGGGGAAGUUUUGUGAGGGCGCCAUUGAGGGUGCCAAAGCAAUAGCCGAUGUAGAGGGCGAGGUCAGACCCCGUAAAGAGCCUGUAAAGCUGAAGUUCCCGGAUGCAUACGGGGGGAAGAAGGAGGAGAACUUUGACAACUGGGAGGCCAGUGUCAAUAGUUACAUAUAUUUACAGCACAUCCUGUCAGAGGAACAAGUCCUCGUGGCCUUCCAGGCCCUUAAGGAUGAGGCGGCUAGUUUUGUCAGGUCCCUUGCGCACGCAGCCGAUUGUGAAAACAACCUGGUUGCAUAUUCAAGAGUCACCCCCCUUCCUUAAUUCUUUAAGCUCCUGAAGGAGCGAUUUGCAAACCGAA